AUGCGUGAGCAUCGUUAUUUUCUACUUGAGAACAGCCCAUCAAAAAUUCCGGGUUAUUUAGAGGGGGUUGGAUUCGGCAUUGAAGAUAAAGAUUCGAAAAGAAAACCGAAAUUUUUAGAAGACAAGAACAACGACGAUGAUGAUGACGACAACGACGACAACGACGCGCCGCCGACUACUAAACGUAUCAAGACUACCAAGGCGGCGGCCAUAGAUCUCACUGAGAACGACGGAGACAUUAUAAGUGAAAAGGAUAAAUCUCAAGUUGUCGAGAAUACUAAGCCACCGGUUCGCAGCAGCGGCGAUGUGAGCACUGAAAGCAGAAAGGAUAAAUCUCGACUUGGCCUAACUGGCUUGGAGUUGGAACAGGCAACCAACAUUGGCAAAGAAAUCAUACCGUGGACGAACGGGACGCUUAAUUAUCCAGUUCUAAAAGUCCUUGGGGAUGGUGAAUGGCUGAACGACGAGCCUGUUAAUUUUUGGAUUGGACUCUUGGUCGACCGGCUCAUACAAAGAGAUCAAAAAUUGGCUGGUUAUAUCCACGCACUCGACACAUUUCUUUACGCGAGUCCCGUUGAUCAACUUAAAGACAUCGUCCUCAAAGAAAGCUGGACUGUGCCCGUCGGCAUCCCUGGCCAACGCAAAACUAAAAGAGAACCAGGCGAAUCCAUCCUCCUCAAAGACUAUAUCAUUGUACCAAUUCACGAUGGCGAUCACUUCUAUGUUGCAAUCAUAUGCAACCCCCAUGACCUCCUGAACGACAACUUGGAGGAAGUAAACAAACGUGAAGACAGUGACCCAGCCCAUCCUUGGAUCAUCCUCAUGGAUUCAUUUCAGUACCCACGUAGACGUGCCGUCUACAGACUUUAG